UCAGCUUUUAUCAAUAGGUGUGGGGCUAUUCUGAAUAGAACUUGACUCAUUUUAUUUUGUCUUACAAAUAGGUAGUUUUUAUACCUUUACUCUUAGGAAAAAAAAUGUUAAUAAACCGUUAUUAGUGAAGUAUUUGGCUUUUAUGUGAUUUAAAGUUAAAUGAAGACGUAAAAUUUACUAAAGGGCUUAAAUGCCUAUGGAGUUCGUAACUAACUCUUUAUAAUGAGCGUGAACGGUUGAGUUUGUUAUUGACAAAACAAAACAUGGUGGUAUGCGAUUUGGACAAAGAAGUAUCUGGUGAGAUUUUAGGAUGGAAGCUGCCAGCCUGGCAGGCUUUACUUUUGCACCGAGUGAUGCCAUCUUGCGGCGGUCUGAUCAUUUAUUUGAUCGUUGUUUGUUACGAUUUGGCACUCAUCUAUGAACAAUUUCAGAAUAAAGACAAUGCGCUUGCAAUAUUCUGCUUGAUACUAAUGGUACUGCCCGCACUGCUGUCGUUGAUGUUCACCCUGGCCUCGCCGCCGCCAGGCUUGCAGACAGACCUAUCUGCUUUCAACGUGAACAUACAAAAGAAUGAUGUUAUAUGGAUCGCCCAAGAAUUUUUCAGUGCUCUCUUUUUUCCUAUUGCUGCGAUUGGAAGAUAUUGCUACUUGAUAUUCUGGUGGGUCGAGGCGGUGUGUGCCUCGCGCGCGCAGGACGAGACACGGACGCGAGAGGCGAUCAGCCGAGCCCGAGCGCCUUCCUCAAUGGAGCUCUAUUUGUUCCUGCAGGCCUUCAUACAUUGCGCGCCUCACGCUGUUAUCAAUAUCCUAGACAUGUUGGCACGUUAUGCGAAUCCGGACUUUGAUAAGCUUAAUUUGCAAGCGAUCAGCCUCAUUGCAUCUUGUCUUCGAAUGGCAAGUACUGCUACUAUGUAUCGAAGAUUUGAAAGAGAAAAGUUGUGUGGCCGGAAAUAUCCAUGGGGAAAUAAAGUAGAAAACCAAGAUAGAAAUAUUGACGAAGAAAAUGAUGGACAAACAAACAACAAUGAUCAAAGCAGGGCUAGUUACGAGCCAAUAAUAAAAGGACAGUCGUUUACUUCGCAAAAGACACUAGAUAACCGAGAACAAGCCAACAGUGAUUUAAUACAAUUUUCCCCGCGUAGUUCGGAAAUCCAAGAACCGUUUUACGAUGAUUACAUAGAUUCGGAUUCAGAUCUGAGUUUGGAUGACUUACCUCCGGAAGCUCGAAACGAGAACUAUGACAGCGACGAUGAAUACGUUCGUCCUAUAUCCAUUAUAGAUCGAGUAGCGCCGCGGAGGCGUGAUACACAAUACACAAUUGAAACCGUGGAUGUCCCGCCGCCGCCGGCAGUACCGGCGCCGCGACCCGGCUCGUUCGCCGUGUGGGCGGAGAAAUUAGUCGAAAAUGCGGAAUCGAUACCCACCUGGCUGUCCGCACCACCGAGGAGAAAGCACUGGGAAGUAAUUCAGGACGAGCCUGACAUUCCGCGUAGAGUUCCGCGGUCUUAUUUGCGCGGUCUUCUGCCUCAAGAUGCUACGGGCGCACUUGUUAACUUUUUAGGGUGGUACUCAUUUUUCGUAGCGCGAUUGAUAUCUAUAGCUGCGUUUAUAAGUUUCUUUCCUUUCUUAGCUAUUCUUAUUUUAAUGAGUCACUAUCAGGUGAUGUUACUGUUUUUAAUAGUGCCGCAAGCCAGUACUGUGAAGAGAGCGUUCUACGUGUUUCUCGCGUUCAUAUACUUGUUCUGCCUUAUGGAGUUUAAGAUUCGUUUCCGCCACGUCCGCGUGUGGCAUGUGUUUUGGAUCAUAGUAUGCACUGUUGAGAUCGUUAUAUUCAUCUCGCUAUGGGCAACUAUCGACAACAAUCUUCACAGUUGGUGGAAAGGAUUCAUAGUAAUAGUGACAAUCGGCAGUAUGAUGUUAAGUUACAUGCUAUUUCUUGUAUAUUUUUUGUUAUUACAACCGAGAGAGACCGUGGUGCAUUUGAACAGAGUUGUUAAAAAAUGAUAAAUAUUAAUGACAGUACAAACAUUCACCUAACUAUAAAUCUUAUGUAUCGACUAAGUUGAAGUUUUUAGGCGACCGUUGGUGUGCCGUAGCGUUGGUUCAUGUUUCAGAUAGAACGACGGUUGAAAGAUCUAUUUAUUGUUUUUCCUAACAGAAAAACCAUAAAAGCAUUGCGUAUGGUUCGUGUUUACGCCUAGAACAUUAGUCCCGUAUUUAUUGUUGUACACUAUUCUUCUGCCGUCCACGCUUGGUCCAAGCUGACAUUCCGAGGUGCGUGGCGUAAUACACUUAUAGCAAUAAACAAUAAUGCUUUGUGUUACUCACUUCAAAGAAAAUACUUCGCUUCACGGCUGUGAUUGAAGUCUUCCUUUUCGGCAGCUGUACAAUUUUUAACCAUUUCCCCUUUGUGUUGUUAUUUAUUUGAUAGCAACUGCCUUCGAUCUUGUACAAUUGGGAUCGAGAUUGAAAGAAGACGCGUGCAGCGUUUCAAAGGCUUAAAUUAAAAAUGUUUUGUUUAUAAAAUAAAGAUUUAGAUGGAUAGGUAGUAGGUACCUACUUAAAUACCUACCUAC